GCUGCUUGUUGUGCUGUUGGGAGACUUUUGUGUAGAUGUAGAGGAUUAUUUUUAAAUGAUUAUUAUUCUGUCUGUUUCAGGAGGCUCCACUGAGAUUUCAGAACAAACAAAUUAAGAAAAUGCUGCACGUAAUGAAAUCGAAUUAAUCUGCUUGACGUGCUACUGAAGAUGGAGUUUGUUAAAGAGGAGUUUAAAGAGGAGAAUGAAGAUGUCAGUAUUUCAGAACCAUUCAGACUGAAGAAUGAAGAUACUGAGGAACAAAGAGAUCUGAUGAAGCUGAAAGAGGAAAGUGAAGCACUGAAUGAAGUGGAUGAGAAACAUCCGUUUCAGGAACCUGCUAAAUUCGUAAACGGAAAUAAAUCCCAUAGUUACUUACAGACUGAAAAGAAGCAUUCUCUAAAACGAACAAAAACUGAACAUUCUUUCAUCUGCCUUCAGUGUGAAAAGAGCUUCUCAGUAAAAGGAUCCUAUGAAAGGCACAUGAGAAUUCACACUGGAGAGACUCCAUACAAAUGCCUUCAGUGUGGAAAGAGUUUAUCAGACAAAAAUGCCCUUAAUAAUCACAUGAGAAUUCACACAGGAGAGAUGCCUUUCACAUGCUGCCAGUGUGGAAAGAGUUUCAGACAUAAAGCAAGUCUUAAUAAUCAUGUAAGAACUCACACUGGAGAGACUCCUUACAAAUGUCAUCAGUGUGGAAAGAGUUUCAGAUAUAAAGCAAGUCUUAAUAUCCACAUAAGAAUUCACAAGGGAGAGAAGCCUUACAUAUGCCAACAGUGUGGCAAGUGUUUCACACACCACAAAAGUUAUAAGGAGCACAUGAGAAUUCACACUGGAGAGACUCCAUACAAAUGUCUUCAGUGUGGAAAGAGUGUAAUAGACAAAAAUGCCCUUAAUAAUCACAUGAGAAUUCACACAGGAGAGAUGCCUUUCUCUUGCCUGCAGUGUGGAAAAUGUUUCUCAGUAAAAGGAACUCUUGAAAAGCACAUGAGAAUUCACACAGGAGAGAUGCCUUUCACGUGCCUUCAUUGUGGAAAAAGUUUCUCUGGAAAGGGAAGUCUUGAAAGUCACAUAAGAAUUCACAUUGAAGAGAAAGCUUGUGCAUGUCUUGAGUGUGGAUAGAAUUUUAAUGACAAAAAUAUAGUAAUAAUCGGGGGCCAAGCACACAUUAUUCACAGUAGCCCCAUAUUUGUUUUUUGACUGGAUGAAAAUGAGUGUGAGGGGCAAACUAACAUAAAUGUGAUGUUUUGGAGAUGAAUGCAGGAAUUGUAUUUUUUGGUUGCCAUGAUGUAACUGUUAUCAUAAUGAAAGUUUAGUCAUCAUGUUGUGUUACAUGGAUGUGGGAUAUUUCUGCUUGAUAUCUUUGAUGUUUGAUCAUAAUGGAAUUUCAUUUCAUGAUGGUCGUAAUAUUAUAAGAAAAAAUUGGAACCAUACUGUUAGCCUAGCAGGUGUUAGACUGUUAUUAGAGACAUAUCAGAGCAACCAUAUUAUAAAUGUUGCUGCAAUGCUCGCAUUUGCGUUAUUACAUAAGAGUACAAUGUUGCAUGAUUAGAAAACGUGUCUUUGCAAAUGAUUGUUAAACAAGUUUAUGUUAUCAUGUAAUGCAGAACCUUUGCUUCACAGAGUGAUAUUUUUAAAUUAAA